GCAGUCGCCUUGCGCAUUGACAUUGGCUUCGUGAUUGCGCAACGCACCACCGACGUUCGGUUUCGUUCUUGGAAGUUGAGCUCGAUCUCCCGUUUGUGCUUUUUUUUUUUUUUUUUUUUUUUUCCGGGUGCCGUCCUCCCUCGGGAAUCGAAAUCCAUGGAAAAUAUCGUGAUAAUCGUGGCGAUCGUGGCUGCCGCAUUCCUCUUUUGGACUCUGGUGUUGGCCUUGCUUGUUCGGUGCUCGAAGAACAAGGACUCGGAGUUCUGCUCCUCCAUCACCGUGAAAGCUUGCCACGCGGACGGAGCGAAGGAGCUUCUGAGCGACGGAGGAAAUACCACAACACCAUGUGUACUGUCGCCGCCCUGUUUCCAUGUGCGCAGUCUUGGGGGGGAGGUUAAGACCAGUGACAACAGCUACUUCAGCGACAGUGAUGGAUGCACCAAUGGGCCGCUGAGAUCAUACCCGAACGAUCAGCAGAUGAUUAUGCAAGGACGGGUGCUCAACAUGGAUCUUGAAGCGGGGUUCAUUGGCCAGGAUGGCAGCGUUCCGAAUUUUCAUCAACAACCGUGCAAGAUGCGGAUGGCGCCCUGGCUCAGGCGUUCGCCCGCCACAAUUGCAAAUGGGUCAAGCUUCAGCUCUCCUGUGUCGUCUGGUCCUCAAGAGGGGAUGAAGCAUUUCAACCUGGGCCUGGUCGUCUUCACGCUGCACGAUCUCAAGCAGGUGACAGAGAGAUUUUCUCUACGGAUAGGUGCGGGGGGCUUCGGGCCAGUCUAUAAGGGGGUCCUCGGCGAUGGGCAGAUGGUUGCGGUCAAGCUUCGCGCGAGGUCGUCGAGGCAAGGACUGCCAGAGUUCCAUAAGGAAGUGGAGGUACUGUCCAUGCUGCGACAUCGUCAUCUUGUUAGACUUAUCGGAUACUGCUGCGAGAAGGAUCGAGAGGCGCUUGUGUACGAAUAUAUCUGCAAUGGGACAUUGAAAGACCAUCUCUUUGCUAACCAGAACAAACAACCACUGCCCUGGCGGACUCGAUUGAAGAUCGUGUUGGGUGUCGCUCGAGGGGUUGAUUAUCUUCACAACCAUGUGAAGCCGUGCAUCGUUCACAGAGACAUCAAGCCAGCCAACAUCCUUCUUGACGAAAUGUACGAGGCAAAGGUGGCAGAUUUCGGUCUGUCCAGACCUCUGGAAAGAGACGAUGGCACUCAUGGUGUGUCGAUGAUUGGUACUAGCAACUACAGGGGUUUGCUGGACCCUCAAAUCGCCGAGGGAUCGUACAGCUUGGACGCGGUGAAGAUGAUCGCAAAGCUUGCAACGCACUGCUGUCAGCCAUCGUCGUUAAAACGACCGCUCAUGAUGCAGGUCUUGCGAAUUGUUCAAGAGGCGUAUGAUCGAGAGCUGGCGUAUGGAAGCUAUGUUGAGAGGUUGCCAAGCGCCAAGGAGGAAGAGGAGGAAGAGGAGGACGAGGAGGAGGACGAGGAGGGAGGGGGGAAGGAGGAGGGGAAGACGAUGACCGUAAAGGAGGAGAAACAGGAAGAGACUGUGAAAAGAAAUGCAGAGAGAAAGAAGGAGGAGGAAGGGAAGGAGGAGGGCCAUUCGCAAGGCAGAAAGUCGGCGGCCACACCGCAUCGAGAUAGCUCUCGAGGACAGUCGACGGAAACAGACAAUGGUUCCAGUUCUCGUUCGGGGACCGGGACAGGAACGGGCGAAACGGGAAGCGAAGGAGGUCCUCGUGGGAGCUACAGCGCGGCCAGAGCUGGAGGUUUGGAGGUAGGCAUGGAAAGAGGGAUGCCAGGAUCGGAGCUAGAGGUCACCCACGUCACAUCAUCCAGUGUCUCACUUCCGCCAGGACUCAUCCCUAGCUGGUUGCGGAUGGUGAAAUCAGGACCUGUAUGACAGGUCUGGUUUUGGUACCCUGGAUUCGCUUGUGACACAACCGUGCCCAUCGAGACUAAGGCAUUGAGAAUUGUUUCCUUCUUUCUGUAUGCAUGCUUAAUAUUUAUUUAUUGUGAAGGUUAGGGAGCCAGGCUUAAGGGAUCUCCCACCCAAAGGGAAAGUAUACAUUUAAACCAUCCCUCUAUUGACUAGUGCUCAAUGAAUUGUUACAGGAUAG